CUUCAAGAAACUGAUAAACACAUGAGAGAAGAUGACAAGAUCUAGAUCAAGAUCACCACGAUGGAAACCAAGGUCCUUAUCUCCAGCUUUUAGGACUCCAGAGCAUCAUAGGCAAAGGCAUGCUCAUAUUAAUUAUGACUGUGAAUACAAAAGCUUUCGUAAGGACCCAAAAAAGUCUAUGCCUUGGAGAACAGAAGAUGAAAAGUAUGGACAAGGCAAUUCCAGGUUUGCACCUCAUGGAAAUAACCACCAGAGAAUAUAUGAACGUAGGUCACCUUCACCAAACUUGAAAAGAAUUCCCAUGGAAGAUGCUUACAGUCAUAAGCCCUACAGAACUCAUUCAUCUGAAAGGACUGAAAGCAAUAGGAGAGGCCAGUUACCACCAAAAUACUCAGAAAUGCCUUAUAAAGAGCAUGAUCGUCCGUUUUACCAGCACAAAAUGGAGGACAGAUACAUGUUUGAUCACUACAAAGUCACUGGAAAUGAAAAAGGAAUGAAACCUUUUCACAGACCGUUAGGGGCUUCAUGCAAACUUGAAAGAAAAUGGCAUGAAGAUGACUUGAGGCACCAGAGGUUACAUGAAGAGAAGUAUGGUCAGUCACCCAGAAGAGUUUCUGAUGAAUUUACGGCAAGGAGCUCUUUACAGAAGAGGUAUCCUGAAGAUCACGAUUACAGAGAAUAUGGGCACGCGUCUAAAAGGGCUAAGGAAAUGGAGAGGUAUGACGGUGGAGAUGUAGCAAGAAAUUCCAAGUGGAAGCAAGAGCGUUCUUUUGCACCCUGCCAAGAAAAGGAGGAGCAAAGAUUCCCGGGCGCGCAGUCCCGGCGGUCGGCUGAGAGGGAGCACUUGGGGGGGCCUGUCACAAAGGUAGCCUACGAGUACAGCCACAAGCGGCGCCGGCACCCCGACGGGGAAAAGCCUUUUGCAGGCGACAGAGCUCAGAAGUACGUGAAGCAGGAAGAGCAGAAGUACGGCUCUUCCAAGAGUGCCCGGAACAGCAAGGAGCUGGAUUACUUCAGUGGGAGCAGAGCGAGGCGGACUGAGGAACGGCACGUUGAAGAACCUGUUAAAUGCAGCUCAAAGAAGGGCUGCAAUGCCUGUGUUAACUCUUCCAAAACGGAUGUUGAGCUGAGGUCUUUUAAAAACAAACUGAAUGAAAGAGUGAGGAAAGAUGGGGAAUUGAGGAAAAACGUAGAUUCCUCCAAUAGCCAGCGUGAUGCAAGUCAUACUGUUUCAGAUGUGAAAGUGUCAGAGGCCAACUGUAUGAGAGAACAUCUCACAGUCAAAGUGGAUAUGAAGAAAAUGGUGACCAAGUACAGGACUGCUUCUAGUCACACUACAGAGAGACAGAUGUCCCAUGAUCUGGUUGCUGUUGGCAGAAAAAAAGAAAAUUUUCAUCCAGUGUUUGAGCACAUGGAAUCUGUAACACAAAACGUUGAAAACGACCCAUCAAAAGAAUUUACUCAGGAAAUAAUCACAAUUAUUCAUCAAGUUAAAGCAAAUUAUUUUGCAUCUUCUGACAUAACUCUACACGAACGGUUCUCAAAAAUUCAGGAUAAGUCAAGUGCAAAUACAAAUGAAGUGAAAACGCAUCUGGAUCCCGAAAUUCACAGGAGGAUUGACAUGUCUCUAGCAGAACUUCAGAAAAAACGAACUGUGCCAUCUGAAUCUCCCCAGAACAUUGUAAGAGUGUUAGAAGAUCCAAAUGAUCUACGGUAUGAUAUAGAAAGGAGAAGAAAAGAGAGAUUGAAGAAUGAAGAUGAGAGAGUGUUUCAUAUAGAUGGUGUAACUCCAAGGAGCCAGCAAAGCUGCAGUCUUUCAAAGUUACAGACAUCUCAAGUUGAUGGUUUCCAUAAGCCUAUGAGGUUCAUUAAGCCACCUUUCAGGAAAUUUAUUGGGAGACCUUAUCUGAGUUCUUACUAUGCUUCAAAAUCAAGUGACACUUACCCCUACAGACGUAUUAGAGGACACCUUGAAAAUGCAGGAUCCAUCAGAAGGCACUUUAAGAGCAACUUUGCAGAUGGCCGUUUGCAAUCCCAUUAUAAAUCAGGCUUAGUGCAGAAGGGUUUAUAUAUUCAGGCUAAGUACCAGCGGUUACGUUCUGUUGGUGUAAGGGGAUUUGCCACUAACAAAUUCAGAGAUGGAUUUUUGAGGAAAGAAAAGGGAAAUCUAAAUAUUGCAACAGAAACCUGAACUGAGCUGAGAUUGUGAAGUUGAAACAGAUAACACAGCAAAGGGAGCAUCUGUUCAGUUUUUGACAACUUUCUCAAGACUAAAAAAAGGAUAAAGGAACUAAUGCUGUAACUUUCUUGAUUAAAAAAUAACUUUAUUUUGAAUGCUGCAGAACUUUUUUACAGUUUUAAUAAUUGCUUUUAAAGUACAGUAUUCAAUUGAAACAUCAUAUUAUGUACCUUUAGUUCUGUGUGCAUACCAGUCUCAAGUAAGGAAGUCAUUGAAGGGAAUCUUAUUUAUUGAAUACUUUUUCUCUAGGCAUGAUGUUACAAAUGGAACUUGAGUUGUUAUACCCAGAGGUUUAUAUGUUGAAAGUUUAUUGCUAAUGUAAUAAUAAAAAAGAAAAAAAAAGUG